UCUCAGAUCAAGUACACAGAGCUCCUCAAGCUUGCAAAGCAGAUGAUGCAACAUUUCCAGAGAAUGACUAACAGUCAGCGCGAUUUAGCCGCUGCAUUUGCAGACGUAGAAAUGAAAUCACCUGAGUCGGUUGAGUUACAAUAUGGACUCAACAACAGCGUUGAGACUCAAAGAUCGCUGAUAAUGAAUGGUGAAAUUCUUCUAGGAGCGCUUAGUUUCUUCAUAUCCAACCUGACCACUCUUGUGCACACAAACAUGGAAGAUUCUAUUGUUACAGUGAAAGCAUACGAGUCCGCUAGAUUAGAAUAUGAUGCUUAUUUAACACACUUGGAGUCUCUGCCACUAGCCAAACAUCAGCAUGAUAUCCAUAAAGAGAAAUUUGACAAGCUUCGUACUACCUUAACGAUUAAGCUUGGAUUUUUAGAGGAAAACAAAGUUAAGGUGAUGCAAAAGCAAUUACUGCUUUUCCAAAAUGCUACAAGUGCUUAUUUUUCCGGGGACAAACAGGCCUUGGAGAACUGUGUGAAGACGUUUCAUUUCAAAAUUCCUAGAGAGUGA